AUGUCCUUCUUCAGACGUCGCUUCGGCGGCGGCGAUACGAAAGCGCCUACCCCCACGCCGCCGCCAGAGCGCUCCAGUCCAUCUACCCCGGAGCGGCCGUCGAAUCUGCGUGUCAUCACCGCCGAGCAGCUCCACACGCUGCAGCAGGCGGGCAAGGGCAAGGGAAAGCACGGCAAGAGGAAGAACGCGUGGGUGUUUGGGCUGGGUGGCCUCUUCGGGCUGGUGAUUGCGGCCUUCUUUGCGGGCAGCAAUGAUCUCAUCGACCUGAAGAGCAUCGAGGGCAUGAACCUCGAGAGCCUCAUGGAGGCGCUGCCGGCCAACUUUGUGCGCAGCGCCCAGCAGCUGCAGAAGCAAGAGCGCGACGCCGUCAACUACGACUCGUUCGCCAUCGGCAUGCAUGCACGCGAGCAGGGCAUCCGCGCCGCACAUCCCGUCAUCAUGAUCCCCGGCGUCAUCUCCACCGGCCUCGAGUCGUGGAGCACCGAGGAGGGCGCGCGCCAGUACUUCCGCAAGAGGCUGUGGGGCUCGUGGACCAUGAUGCGUGCCCUGGUGCUCGACAAGGCCGGCUGGAAGAAGCACAUCAUGCUCGACAAAGACACCGGCCUCGAUCCCCCGGGCGUCAAGCUGCGCGCCGCCCAGGGCUUCGAUGCCGCCGACUUCUUCAUCACCGGCUACUGGAUCUGGAACAAGAUCCUCGAGAACCUCGCGACCAUCGGCUACGACCCCAGCAACGCCUUCACCGCCGCCUUCGACUGGCGCAUGACCUACAUGAACUACGAGGUCCGCGACCAGUACUUCACACGUCUCAAGUCGCACAUCGAAGUCGCAAACCACGUCUCCAACAAAAAGGCCGUCCUGCUGUCCCACUCCAUGGGCUCGCAGGUCCUGUACUACUUCCUCCACUGGGUCGAGGCCGAGGGCUAUGGCAACGGCGGCAGCGACUGGGUCGACAAGCACAUCGACAGCUGGAUCAACAUCUCCGGCUGCAUGUUGGGCGCGCUGAAAGACCUGCCCGCGGUCCUGUCCGGGGAGAUGAAAGACACGGCCCAGCUCAACGCUUUUGCCGUCUACGGCCUCGAGCGCUUCCUCAGCCGCUACGAGCGCGCCGAGAUCUUCCGCGCCAUGCCCGGCCUCUCCUCCAUGCUUCCCAUCGGCGGAAAUGCUGUGUGGGGUGACCAUACAGGCGCGCCCGACGAUGCGCCAGGACAGAACGUGUCUUACGGCAACUUCCUCCGCUUCCGUGACACCAACUCGUCCAACACUCUCACUUCGCAGAACCUCACCGUGGAGGAAAGCCUGCCCUUCCUCUUCAAAAAUUCGGAGCCCUGGUUCCAGAAGAUGAUACAGACAUCCUACUCGCAUGGCGUCGCACACACUGCGAAAGUGGUCGAAGACAACCAGCGCAUACCAGCCAAGUGGAUCAACCCCCUCGAGACUCGCCUCCCGCUCGCGCCCAACCUGAAAAUCUACUGCUUCUACGGCAUCGGAAAGGAGACGGAACGCGCGUACUACUACCGCGCAGACGACGACCCCUUGUCUGGACUCAACGUCACGCUCGACACCGCUUACACCGCAGCCUCGGCAGGUGAGCCCACCGGUGGAGGCGGCAACGGAGGCGUGGACCACGGCGUCGUCAUGGGCGAGGGCGAUGGCACCGUCAAUCUGCUCAGCUCUGGCUACAUGUGCGCCAAGGGGUGGCGGAUGAAGCGCUACAACCCAGCUGGUGUGCAAAUCAAGACGUACGAGAUGAAGCACGAGCCCGACAGGUUCAGUCCUCGAGGCGGGCCGAACACUGCCGACCACGUCGACAUCCUCGGUCGCUCCUCCCUGAACGACCUCAUCCUGCAAGUCGCCGGCGGCAGAGGCGAGCUGAUCAACGAAACGAUCCACUCCAACAUCCUGGCGUACGCAGAGAAAGUCAAGAUUUACGAAGAGGAAGAACAUGGCUGGUUUGACUUGUGA